AUGGAUAAAAUAAAAUCUCUUAAUAUUGAUUUUGCUUAAUACCAGACUGAUUACCUUAGACCAAUUCCAAAUAUUGUGAUAUCUGAUCCAUUAUGGAAUGACAAUAUUUUUUUAAUGAAUGUACAAUGGAAUUAUACUCUUGAAAUUAAUCAAGAUAAAUUGAGUCAAGUAAAAGAGAUCAUCUAAAAAACAUGUACAACUGAAAUUAAUGAUGAAGAAUAAAGAGUAUAUUAAAUACAUAUUAUCAUUUAGCUAUUAUUUGAUUAUCUCUCUAAUGAAAAAGAUUUACUUAAAAAUUGUGGAUUCACUUGUCAAAGAUUACCUAUCAUUAUUGAAAAAAAUAAAGAGAUUGCACAUUUUUUAUUGAUUUAAAUAUGCAAUUUAGAAGGCUUUGAAGAGUAUUUUACUUAUUAAAUAUUUUAGAUUUUUAGAAGUCUUCAUCUAAAUUGAUGUCACUUAGAAUACACUCGAAUUAUUUGCUCAAUUAUUUGGUGAACUCAAAUUACCAUAAGAAUAUAUUACACAAUAUAUUAAUUAUUGCAUAGACUUUUGUAAUAACAUUAAGGUAAUUCAAAAAUUGUGAAUUAUAGGAAAAAUAAUAACAAAAUAAAUUGGUUAGAUUUGUUUCCGUAUUUAUUUAGUAGAUGCUCAAAUAAAAGGCAUUUGUUACCAAAGACAUUCUCACUGAUGUAAGAAUAUAUAACAUUUAGUUAUAAGCAUUCUGUAUUGAAUUCUCCAAAGUCGGUGAAGUAUCAAAGCUCUUCAAAUUAGUCAAAGGUCAAGAGCCUACAACAUAAUGA